AUGGGUGUAUCUGGGCUUCUUCCGGUGUUGAAACCAAUCCAAGAGCUUACAAGCUUGGAAAGAUACAGAGGGAAAACUUUAGCUAUUGAUACCUACGCAUGGUUACACAAAUCUACCUUCUGUUGUGCUGAAGAUUUGGUGAUGGAGAGACCUACUAGAGCAUACAUUAACUAUUUUUUAAAGAAGCUGGAUAUGUUGAAACAUUUCAAUAUUACUCCCUAUUUUGUUUUGGACGGUGAUUAUCUACCAACCAAAGGAAAUACCGAGAAGGAGAGAGAAACACGUCGACAGGAAUAUAAAAGAAUGGCUUUGGAGGCAAAGGCCAACAAAAACAAUAAAUUGGCUUUUAGCUAUUUUCAAAAGGCAUGUGAUGUUUCCCCUGAAAUGGCCAAAUCUCUGAUUGAUGUCUUUAAGGGUAAAGCAAUAAAAUACAUUGUUGCACCUUAUGAGGCAGAUUCCCAGAUGGUUUUCUUGGAGAAAAUUGGUUUAGUUGAAGGAAUUAUCAGUGAAGAUUCCGAUUUACUGAUUUUUGGGUGCAAAACUCUUAUUACUAAGCUGAACGACCAGGGCCAUUGUAUCGAGGUUAGAAGAGAUAAUUUCAAGAAUUGUAAAGGUUCGUAUAUUAGUAACUUCAACGAUGAUCAGCUAUUACUGAUGGCCACUGUGAGUGGAUGCGAUUACACCAAAGGGAUCCCUGGUAUAGGUAUGCAAAAGGCCAUUCAGUUAUCUCAAAGUUACAAGACAAUUGAGCGUGUUUUGUCCUGUAUCAGAGUUGAGGGUAAAAGCAUACCCAGUGAAUUUGAGGAAGAGUAUAAAAGAGCUAAAAUUGCAUUUAGACAUCAGAUUGUUUUCAAUCCGAUAGAAAAAAUGGCCCAACACAUGAACCCAUUAACCGAAGAGGUGAUUUCUAAUAAUUCCAAAGAGUAUAUAUAUUCAUGUACGGGAUUCUUACUAGAUUCCGAGAUACAUGAAAAAAUUGCAACUGGAGAUUUAGAUCCAUUUACGAAAAAAAUCUUAAUAUCAUGGGAAAACAAAGUAAAUCCAAUAGCAACCAGAUCAUUGUCUCUACCGACGAAUUCCAAUUUUAUGAAGUCAGGUCAUACAGUGAAGAGAUCUGUAACUACAAACAACGUCCCUGUUCGACAAAUGGAGAGUCAGCCAUUAGUUACUAGGAAGAGGAAAUCUGCCAUGCAGAUUGACCAAUUUGCUAGCUUUGUUCGUAAUAAGCAAUCUCAAAAGAAAGAUCCUAUCAAAGAAUCUCCUACAACGAAAAGACAAAGACUAUUAAAUGGCAAUGACCUUGGAGGCCAGCCAACAAUUAGCCGUUUUUUUAAUAACCAUAAAACAAAUGUUCCUACCAGACCAACACACGAUAUUCAAAGAGAGUUUGCAGCAUCAUCUUCAGAUGUUGAGGAUAUAACGGAGGAUGAGAUAAAUGAAGUUAAUAAGAAAUUGAGCAAUGCCUUGAAGAGUGAGCACGAAGAAACAGCCGAUAAAAUGGAUACUUCUAGUAUAAGUGAGGCAGAACACGUAGUCUCCUCAAAGGAGGAGACAAGACAAUUGAUACCAAGUGAGUCUGAUGAAGCGGAGGAUUAUAUAAACAGUUCGGAUAUGAGCGAAAGUACAUUAGUUAAGAUGGACCGGACAUUCAAUAGACAAACUCCAGCAUCUUUGGGUACGGGAAACAGUUCGAUUUCCUUCUCUACAGAUCCGGGGGAGGUGAACACCGAAUGUUAUCUUCAAGAAGAAGGAAAAGAGGGGAAAUGCGCAGAGGGGAAACUUAGGCGCACAACGACAGUAGGUAUCGAAAGUGUAGAUGAGAACAUUCAAGACGACGAAUGGAACCUUAGCAUGGAUUCGGGACUUGAAAAUGGUAGAGCCAAAUCAACAGCAGAAGAACAAGAGGAAGAGGAAGAAAAAGUCGACAAGAGCAACAUCUUGGGGGAAAUAUACUCAUUCCAGCAUGUGCCGGAAAACAAGUUGAAUGCUGAGAAUCGGACCCUGUCUGAGAAAUGGAUGUCCAGGCCCACUGGAGAGAAGCCCGGUCGAACAUACCGUCCAUCGCCACUUUCCAUACGUGUGCCGUUGCAAGACGUGACAAAUUCCAAUGGAAAUGGAAAUGGAAAUGGCAACACCAACACCAACACCAACACCAACACCAACACCACAGGCAGUGUCUACAGUGAGAGACCAAGAGGCAGGUCGAACUUGUCACUGUUCCGCUACACGGGUAACUGA